CAAGGCUGCAUGGUCUGAUAACCUUGGCGUUUACAUCAAAACAUCCGAUAACAAUAAUAACAAAUCGAAGCAAUCCAAUAUCUAGAAAAUUAUCAAAGGAAUUGUUAAGAAAAGAAUCACAAACAAAAAUCUAAGUGAAUCUAGUGCAAAUUAAAUAAAAAUGUCGACUUCUAGUGAGAAAAUACAGUCGCCGAUGUCGGAAUUCGCGCUCGUUUGCCGCGGCUGUUUGACAUACGCAAAUCCAAUGAAAAAUAUGUACGAAUGGGGUCUAGCGGAGGACUUCUUCCGGCUAACUGAUGUUGAGGGUGGCCGUGACGAAGGCAUAUCGGAGCUCCUCUGCGCGGCGUGCGAGGAGACGCUCAGGGUCUGCAAGUCGUUCCGUCUGCAAUGCUUGGAAUCCGACAUGCUCCUGCGCAACACUGCAAAGAAAAAAACACCAGAUCCAGGACCAGAUAUACCUUUAGAAGUAAAUAUAUCCCAUAUAUUAGAUGAUGAUAAAUUAACCAUAUAUAUUUCUUUACCGGAUUCUCAAGACAAAAUACAAUUGCCCUGUCCGUAUGAUUGCAAAGGAGAGUAUCAAAAGAAAUACGAUUUAAAACAGCAUUUGAUAAAGUUGCAUCAGAAACCUAAAGAUUACUGCGUGGAAACGCGGUUUUACUGUACGGCAAUGGAUUGUUCGUACAAUGCUGGCUCUGAGCGGCAAAAAUGGUUUUCGGAACGCAAAUUCCUCAACCAACAUUACAAGAAGGUUCAUAGGCGGAAACUUUUUCAGUGCAGAUAUUGUAGCGAAGGCUUCUCAGCUCAACCAGAUUACAGACGCCACAUGACAAUAUGUAAUUUGAAGUAUCCAUGCGAAAUUUGCAAUACGGAGUACAAGAAUCGGGAAAAAUAUUUAGUACAUUUGUUAAGGAAACAUCCCGAUUUACAUAAAAAGUAUAAAGCUGAGAAACGCAAGUCGAAAUUAGUUAAUGACUCGAAAAAAGCGAAAAAUGAUGAAAAGUUCGACUUUUGCGAUAGUCCGAAGCGGACUUUUGCCACUCAGACGUUGAGUCCAGAGGACACUAUUAAGAAUGAUGUCGCUUUGCCGUCGUGGCAGUCGCUGCCGGGGAAAAGUGAAGAUGAAAUAAAACGCGACGAGAUUUCAACUCAGACGGUGUUUGAGGACUUAUUGUCACUCAAGUCUCAGACGAGUGAGGACGAAAUCUACUUUUCCGAGACAGUCUCUCUGUCCGACAUACAGACUCAAACAUUCCCUGUCGAGUUCGGUUUAAGUCGUUCGAACAAGGAGACUUUAACAAAUGAGACUCAAUCGCCCGACUUGAGUAUAAAAGAGACUCAAACUUGUCUAUGUUUGUACGAUUCCCCGAAGUUUAAUUAUAAAUUAUUUGAUAGUAUAUCGUCGAGUCCGUCGAGUCUGAAUCUGACUUCCACUGAAACUCAAACGUCCGAGUUUAAGUCGACGGUUAAGUCGGAUGUUUUGUUGAGUUUUAAUUCGGCCGAAACUCAGACGUCAGACGAACUCAACGAUUUCUGACAUUGGCAAGAUCUAUAGCUAGGCAUUGAGUUAUUAGAUACAGAUUUAGGAUUUCUAAUGGAUUUAAAAGAUAUUCCGUAACUGGUUUACUCGAAUAUUUAUAAAUUGGUAGAUUUUUUAUUGCUUUGAAUGACGAGACGCGCUUGCCGUUCGCCUGAUGGUAAGCGAUACGACCGAUAAACAGUAGAAACACCAACACCUUGAAUUACAAAGUGUUUGGUAUUCCACUGCGCUCGUCUGAGACAUGAGAUGUUAAGUCUUAUUAUGUCCAAUACACUGGCUACAGAUGCCGUUAAUGGCCAUCAUGUCAAUCAAUUUCUAUCCCUCUGGAACAGUAUUUUUUUCUGGAAGAAAGGUGCCAUAUAUCCUACAACCUUGAGAGCGUGUUUGCGAAGUUUUAUUAUCGGGUUGAGUAGUGGGAAGGCUUAACAACUAAACUAAUUUUCAAAUUAGGAUACUUGGUGAGGCCCCUGGCUUUUCUUGCGUCGAGGAGGGGGGGGGGGGGGGGGUCGCAAAAAUACUUUGGAACCCCUUGCCUUACAGUCUACAUAUUUUUAAAUCAGUUUCAAUACAAUCAAAUAAAAUAUUAUGAUUAUGAUUAUGAAUCAUGUUUAUUUGUUCGCACAAUUAAUGGUUAAAAAUGGUUCUUUAAUAUUAAAGUAGAUUUUGGUUUGACUUUCGCUUACCGGACAUAUCCGUGUUCGAUGUAAAACGGGGUGAAAGGGAAUGAAAUUUAUUAAUAAAAAAAAUCAACUCGCCACUUGAUGACAUUAAUAUUUUUUUUAUUAUUUUAUUGCAAGUUAGGGAUAGUCAGGAAUAGUUAUUAUCUUAAUAAUUUGAAAAUUUCGUUCCUAUUCGCAAAUAUCUUCUGUAUUGUACUUAAAUGUCAGCCUUGUGUAUAAUGUCCCAUUGUUGUAACUUCUAUUGGAAUUUUUUAGUUAAGCCACGACGCUGUAGUUGUUUAAUAAGGUGAGUGGGGUAAGACCGGAUCACGGGUAAAAUAUUUUUAAUUUAUUUUAUAGUAUAAAUAUAUUUUUAUUAUUACAUUUAUCUAAUUUAUAACUUAAUGUGCACUAUUGACACAUAUUCUAUAGACACGAACAUCCAUAUAAACUAUUUGUUCAAAAUCUGAACUGAAAUGACAACCAAAACUU